AGCAAUCGAUACGGUAGCGCACAGUGGCGUGCAAGGUCGCUCGCUGUAACUUCCCGAGCCCCACCGUCAGGACUGCUCGAUCCGAUAUAAGCGCCGGAGCGGCUGCGAGAAGCACCAUUCGCUCGCAUCACAUCGCCUCGUUAGCGUUGUGACGGCCUUACGAGUUUCUUUAACCGUGUGUGUGAUAUUCUCUAGAGUGAUUGUUCAGGAAUGCUCAGUGAUCUUACUAGCAACGUGUACAGCGACAGCAUUGCAUUCAACAUGGAAAACAGGAACAGCCUGAGGAGAAUCGCCCGCCACGACGACACGGAGUUCUCCAAUCAAAGCAUCAUGAACGCGAUGGAGAAAUUCGUGAAGGCCGUCAACGACAUGGACGAGACGAUCUUGGUGCCAUGCCGGCUGAUGGACCUGAAGGUGGGCGACGACGCGGACACCGUGCCUGUUAAGACUCCCCAACACUGUAAGAACAGCGUUCGCGCCAUGGGUCAAUCUGAUCUCUUCAAUCUCUACACCAUCAUCAACUCUGUCAAAAAUGAACUUCUAUGGGGACAAAACGACGACAGUGACGAGCCAGAUGACAUUCCCGCCCCAAGCGUCACCGCCAUCAAGAGCUCCGGUAUGGUGACGGUCUCGUCUUCGUCCUCCAUCGCGUCCCAGCACGGCAGCAGUACAACUACAAAGGGCCACGCACGCCGCCCUUCCACGGUCUCCGUGGCGUCCACCAACUCGGCCGCUUCCAUCUCCGACUCAGAUUCCGAUAACGGCAUCGAGAACGACUCUGGCAUCGAAGGCGAGGAAGUGUCCCAGGCGCCCGACUACACCCAGCAGGUCGCUGCCAGCUUCCGGCGGCAUCUGUGCGGGCUCCACCGCUCUCUCCGGCAGCUGACGGACGCUGCCGACUACCUCACCACCCGGUAUCAGAACGACAUUGGAGGUGCUGUGUGAUGCGUGGAGUCUGUGGACUCGGCUGUGUGCGCUGAAACCAAAGCAUCGGCCACACCCUUUGGACCCUGAGGGUGGCGCCAACCGCGCUGGACGUUACUGAAUCUACUUCGUUCGUGUGAUAUAGCCAUGAGAAAACCCCUUUCUAACUGCUUCAGAUGCAAACGUCAACCUAAAUAAAAAAAUAAUAAAUCAAGGAAUUACGUUUUUUCUCUCGAAAUAUAAAGACUGAAUGCAGUGAGAUGGGGGUUUUCUAUUGCGAAUAAAACAAAACUGAAUCUUACGUGAAUGUGUAUGUAAUGAAAGAAUGUUAAGGUGAAAGAGAGCGCAUGACUUUACACGAAGGGGUUUUAUAGUAUACUACGUAUAUGUAGAUUGGCCCACAUGUUCGCCAACAGUUCCAAACAAAUUUGAUUGUCAAAUACAAUUUUAAGUAAAUCAGCUUGUCUUCAUAAAUGAAACCUGUCUUCUGCUCUUUGGAAGUAGAUUUGUAUGAGGGGGCAGGUAGCAUGCAAAGUGCAAUUGCUUUGUAAUAUUUACAGUAAUUUUCUUCUGGGCUGCCUUGCCUUAUGCUCUGCAGAGCUGCUUCCUCAAUUUUAGAGUUCAUUUUAUAUCUCUUUCUUAAUACUAAUCUGUUGGUUCUCUUGUGAUCCAAUCUAUUUGGAUGUAGAGUAUCUCUACGUCAAUUCAUAUCAUUCAAUCGAGUCUGCAGGUGUAUGCCUGCCUUGGCCAUGUGUGUAGCUAUUUGGGCAAUGCAUAUGAGCCAGUAAUUUAUAUUCCUGUGUUCACUUGUUAAUGUGUAUGUUCACAUCAAUUUCUUAUGGAAAAAUUGAAGAUAUAUGCUGUUCCUGCAGAUUGUCUAUUAAUUUUUGCUCAAAUGGUUUCCGUAAUAUUCAGCUUUCCCAAAACCUAAACUGUUCCUUCACUUUGGUCAGCCAACCAUUUUGUGCACAAUCAGGUUGCAUGAAUUAAAUUUUCCUUUGGCAGGUGAUUAAUUUUUCUGUACAAAAGAUGUGGCAUGUAUAUUGUUUUAAAGUCUGUUCCUGCACACUGUACAUUCUAUUUUUGUGAUGUCGCUGUGUAUGUUCUCAUUUGUUGUUAUAUAUUUGUACAUGACUAGCACAUUGCAUUUGAUUAAAAGGUUUAUUUGUGUAAUAAAUUAACGAAAGUUUACGCACAUGAUUCCCAUUAUUUUAAUUUCCGGAAAAUGACCUCCCUUGUCAUUCCUCUUUUUUCCUUCACUUAAUAACAGAAAAUAGAACUUUGUUUAUUAUUUGGGAAAGGUAAAUAAAAACAAUAACUAAACAUAUAGAUUGAAAAGAAUGCUCAUUGUCUUCUAAAUAGAUUUCUGCCGUUUUCUCUUCCCC